AUGUCCGAACAAGAAACCAAGAAGAGGAAAGGAGAUUCACUUGAUGAGUUGGAAAUUGACUUGAAUGCGUCUGUACCGUUGUCCAAAAAGCAAAAGCGUUUAGCUAAGAAGGGGAAAUUGGAAGAAGAACCAGCGCCAAAAGUGUCCACAGUACAAGAGUCUGAGCAAAAACAAGAGAAAUCUAAGUACGGCGUGUGGAUAGGAAAUUUGUCAUUCGACACUAGCAAGGAAGAUCUUGUGAGAUUUUUGGUGGCCAAGUCAUCCAUACCGGAAGAAGACCUUACCAGAGUGAACAUUCCCAAGAGGGGAAACCAGAUCAAAGGUUUUGCGUAUGUGGAUGUAAGGAAUGAAGAACAAGUUGAGAAAUUGGUGGCUUUGAGUGAACAGAAUUUAAACGGGCGCAACUUGCUAAUCAAGAGUGCCACUUCCUUUGAAGGUCGUCCAGAAAAAGACAACGAGUCAAAGUUACCACCAAGCCGGAUCUUGUUUGUCGGUAAUUUGAGUUUUGAUACAACUGAAGACAAUUUGAAGGAGCACUUUCAACACUGUGGAGACAUUGUUAGGAUCAGAAUGGCUACGUUUCAAGAUACCGGGAAAUGUAAAGGCUUUGCCUUUGUAGAUUUCAAGAAUGAAGAGGGUGCUGUUACGGCCAUGAAAUCAAAGCUCGCAAAAACCAUGUUGAACAGAAAAUUGAGAUUAGAGUAUGGGGAAGAUAGAUCAAAGAGGAGACCAAAGAGCCAUGUACGUGAAGAUGUACCACAGGCACGGGAUGCUACUCCUGAUACUCCCGAAAUAAAACCACAGAGAAAGCAAUAUAGAGAAAGGCCGCAGGACAAGCUUGCAGUCAGAGAAAAGUCGUCAGUUGCUUUAGCAAGUGCUCAAAGAGCUAGUGCUGCUAUUGUUCCAUCUUCAGGUAAAAAAAUCAAAUUCGACUAA